AUGCCGAUGCAGCAAUGGUCACCGAAAUCGCUUAGACUCCUCACAGCGAAGGCGCUGCGCAGUGCUACGCUGCGCACGCUGACGCAACUACUUGGAAUGCAAAGACCGAAAGCCGCAGCACAUGUUCGGGAGAACUUUGUCUCUUGCAAACAGGCUGCGCUUGCCCCCGGGCUUCAGCACUCGCUUCGGGAAACUCAAGUGGCAUGGCUUCAGUCUGACAUGGCAAAGCAGAGCUGGCGAUUGUCAGCCAUAGCUGGGUGGGACCUGGUCAGCAAGCUCAAGUUGCGCCCCGAGUUUGGCCCUUUGAUUCUUGAGGGAGAUCAAGGAACCACCUCACAAAGGGCUGCAACAGAAGGCCUUCACAGCCAGCCGCAUGCAGUUGACACAACUCGUCCGCUCUCAUCUCCCCAAACCCCAGCGCCUGCAUGCUGGCAGCGCCAGCUCAAGUUCACCAGGCAAGGUCAGCAAUGCCGAAACCCCUAUCGCACAUAG